CACGAUGCUGGAGUGUUAGCCGCUCUAUGAUUGGUCGGAGCUUAGCAACCAUGGUUUCCACAGUCAACAAGGGGACGAGUCCGGUCCGUGUACGUAAUGAUUGGACUGUGUACCGCCAGGGUUCUGCCAGUAGCGCCCAUCUCUGCGUACUCAUCUACAGAUGUUUAAUUAAAGAAUUUCUGCUGUCCGGAAAUACGUUUUAAAAAAAUGUCAUCAAUAAUGGAUGUAAAGACUCAAGUUUCAUCAACGGUAUGGCUGAAGUCCCUCGGUCUCAAAAAGAAGAAGCUCACAUUGCCUAAGAUCUUGGCACAGCUCGGUUUCCAGCAAAGGGAAGACUAUGUUAAUAAGCUAGGACGCCCUGUGUCUUCACGAUAUUCCAAUGGACUCUUCCCACAAUAUAAUAGCAAUGGUAAAAUAUACAAUUUGACAGCGAAGAAGGAAGAACUUGUGCAGAAGGCUGAAUCUCUUGCAGAGGUUAUUGGAUUAUAUAAUCAAAGAUUGGAUUGGCUAAAGAGCUCAAGCCGCCUGGUGUUUGGUGUGAUCCAAGAACAACAUAUAGUCAUUAUUCUAGACCUAAAUACAGUCUCUAAAGUACAGUAUGAUUUAUGCCGUGAUUCCAUAUGCCUUGUUAUCAGAGAACAAGUGGCACAAAUUUCCAAGUUUAACCUCAUUUGGGUCUCUCAGGAGCCAGUGAAGUGGCAUCAGAAAGUUAUUCAUGUCACUCAGCAUUCCAUACAGCAAGCUGUAGAGUGGAUUUGGAAUCUUCAGCACUCCCCAGUGGUCAAUGCAGAGAGUGCAGCUGAAGCUCUAUCGGAAGCCCUGGAUGACCAGGUGGAUGCUGUGUAUUAUUUCUGUGUUGGAGAUGCUCCUGUGGGAAAGACAAAGCGCUUGCUGGUUGGUAUUGAGAACAGCCCAUGUCCCCUUCAUGUUGUCUGCUAUAACCCUCACAAAAUGGAAAACAUGAUGAUGAUGAGGGAGUUAAGUCUUCAAACAUCUGGAAGGUUCCAUAUUUGUUUAGAGGAAAUGUUAAGACAAGAUAACAAGAAUCCAGAAUUAUCCAACACAAAAACUGAUAAAGAUUGCCCAGAGUUUGAGCUCAAGAAAGAUGAAGAGUUGAUUGUGAAGGAGAUGGAGGAAGCAAAGGACACGCUAAAGCAAUUGCAGGAUAUUUUACGAAAAUUUUAUAAUGCAGAAGAAGAUACCAACAACUAUCCUGUAUCAGAAGAGACUGCUGAGGACAGUGUAAGCUCAGAAGAAUGGUUGAAAAAGUUUGGCUUGAAGCCACAGAAGCUCCUCUUUUAUGAUGCCCUAGCAGAUUGUGCCUUUCGCCAUAGUGAUGGUGUUGUGGAUAUAAAGACCAAACCCGAGGAUGAGUCUGUGCAAACAGAUGCAGAAAACAACAUGAAACUGAUAAAUGCCAAGUACUGUGACCAGUUUGUCCAUAUACUUUGGAAAGAUGGUUCUGUGGUGCAUGUGCAUAUCAGUAAGGAGAAGUACAGAUGGUAUGAAGAAAAAAUUAAAACUGCACUGGACAAGAUGGAAAGAAGAGUAAAGUGGCUUCAGAAAGGAAGUAGAGAGCUGUUUGGAACCAUACUUGAGGAGCAAGUCUGUAUUCUCAUUGACACUUCCCAUUCCAUGAAGGACAAGCUGUUUUUGGUGAAGGAAAAAAUAUUUCAGCUUAUGCAGGAGCAACUUAAACACAAAAAGAUGUUCAACUUUGUAAAGUUUGAUUCCAAAGUAGAGGCUUGGAGAACAAAGCUAGCAGAGGUUAAUGAAGAAAAUCUGAAGGAAGCAUCCCACUGGAUUAAGGAAUUGCAGGUUGGCAGCUCGACAAAUACCCUGAAGGCUCUCCAGCUUGCUCUGUCUGAUAGUAAUACCCAGGCAAUUUAUUUACUUACAGAUGGACGUCCUGAUCAGCCUACAGAGACAAUUCUUGAACACAUCAAACUGGUCAGACUCAUUCCUAUCCAUACGAUCUCAUUUAACUGUGAUGAUACAGAGGCUAAUAGCUUCUUGCAUGAGCUCUCCAGCAAGACCAGUGGCCGUUUCCAUGCUUAUACGAGUCAACUAAAAGAUCCUGAUGCUCCACAACCUUUUGUGAGUGAAGACAUAAAUCUCCUUAUAAAUGAGAUUGAUGAAGGACGGUCCAAUCUGGAGAAGGUCAAAAAACUUCAUGUUGAAUGUUUAAUGUUAGACUGGUACCACAAUGGAGCCAAGGAUCCAUCACAUAGGCCUUUUGAAUCCCAAAGCCUGAACAGUUUUUCAAUGCUGCCACCUGCUCGGGAACCAAAGACGUCCUCACCAUUAUUACAAAGAAGAAGUUUAAGUCCACCUAGCCUACGCCGCAAGAAGAAAAUUCGACAUGCAGAGCAUACAAAGUCUAGUGUGCUGAGAGCCCUGAGUCACGGUGUGACACUGACAGAGAGUACAGCAGACCCGGACAUGCCUCCUGAAACCAGAGAACUUUUCCUCAUUAAGGACAAGAAAACUAUGUCUGUCCUGAAAGCUUUAAACAUUGUAGAGAGCAGCACCAUGCAUGAAAAACCUAAAAGAAAACCUAAAAAUGGUCUAGAUAUUUCUUCAUCACGCUGGCUGAGGACACAUGGGCUGGUUGCUAGGAGGCUCACUAUAAUGGACGCCUUGGCCCCAACAACUGUUCCACACUCUUCUAAAUAUAUUUCAGUUCUCGACAAGCAUGUUGUUUCUAAAGUGUUUGAUGAGGUAUUCCCCUUGGCUCAUGUAAGUGGAAACAAGAAACUUAUCACAUUAAUUAAUCCCCAAGCUGUGAAUCUCUCAGAGUACAAGGAGAAAAUUGAGCAGGCAAUUAAGUCAUACGAAAGACGCCUAAAUUUAGUUGUGUGGAGAGCUUUAUCGCAGGAAGAGAGAGAUAAAUUUGAUAGUGAUGUACCAGUAUCAUACUUGGAAAAUAAAGAGGCUCUGCUACAGGCGCUAGAUAGGCUUGGGUGGCCUGUUUCUGCUGAAGGUGUUGUGCUGCUAGAAGAUGAAAUUUUAGCUGGGAAAACUUAUCUUCAGCAAGCCACAGAUCUGCAAGAGGCUAGCAAGAAUAUUUCAAAGGCACAGUCCAAUAAUGAAGAGCUAAAAAAGCAAAAGACUGAGAAAAAAACAAAAAGGCAACGAAUAGAUGCACUGAGAAGUCAAAAAGUCAUUGCAAGGUCUGAGGUUGAUGGGUUUUACUAUCCAGGGACAGUGGUGAGAAGUAUACAUCCCAAAUGUGCUAUUGUGGAUUUUUUCCAAGGAGAAAAUAUGAUUGUUCCCAUCAGAUUUAUAAUACAAACAGGUGGAGCCCUACCCUGGCCAAUAUUAAAGGUUGGAGAUUGUGUUUUUGCAAAAACUGGGGCAAAAGGAGGAGGUGGUUGCUUUCUACCUGCUGUGGUCAUAGCAACACCAAGGUCUGAAGCAGAGGAUAAACUGUAUACAGUUCUCUAUUACAACAACAGAAAAGGGCAUUGUUUAAGGAGUGAGGUAUUGAAAAUAAGCCCAUCUCAGUUUGCUGUUUCCUGUAGCUAUAUCAGAAAAGCACAGAUGAUUGAUUACACAAUCCCAAGUGUCCAGUUUGUUGCGCCAAUCCGAAAACCAGCUCCACCAACGGAAGAAAAGAAGAGCAGAUCUUUGUCAGGGCGAAGUCGGCAUUCAUUGAAUUUGCAUGUAAAAUCUAGAACAUCUGGUGACAAUGUCAGUGACCCUUCUGCUAGCGCUGACAGCACAAUCAAAGACAGAACUCUUCCAAGUGAAAACACGAACACGAAACUGGAAGAUUUGGCAUUGCAAAUUAGUCAGCACCAAAGAGAGCAAAAAGAGAAUCAACAGGAAAUACAGCAGCUUCUUAAGGAGCUAACAGAACUGAAUUCCCAUCAAGGAAGAAAUACAUUGAAAGAGGAAGAAAACGACCUGACAAAACAGAAAAUUGAUCUUCUCGAGCAGCUGAAAACUCUGAUACCCAUUAGUAGCACAAAACAAGAAAUGGAUGUGAACCCAGAUGUCAAUGCUUUACAGCCAGUUGUUCCUGGACAAAAGGUGCUGUCUGUCUGCUCUCACAAUGGAUGGUUUGAAGAAGGAUUUAUUAUCCAUGACUGUGGUGAUCUCACCUAUUUUGUCCAGAGAACCUCUGGAGAGGUGGCAAGGAUACAGAGGGGAGGAAUACUGAGUGAUACUGAUGAUUACACAAAGGAGAUAAAGGAAGGUGAUCAUGUGAUUGGACCACACCCUUUGCUUCCUGGGAGCUACUGUCCAGGACUUAUUGUGACAUGUACUUCUGAUCUUAAAGUGGCGAUACAAUACUAUGAUGAUAGUAAAGCAACCGCUCCAAGAGAACAAGUUUACCUGAUAAGUCCUGACAAGUAUGAGCGUGCUACUGCAUACAUCUUGCAAUGCCAAGAGCGAUGGGUUGGGCAGCCAGUCAUUGCCAGGAACGAUGAGAAUGGCACAUUUCAUUUAGCUGAAGUACUGAAGCGUGCCGAUGACAGGAAUGACUAUCUUAUUUCAUGGUCAGAUGGCAAAACAACUACUCAAGACAUAGAGUGGAUUUUUGGGAAGUUCAGCCAGCCACACAUUCUCAGUGUUGGUGACCAUGUGCUGACUUUGGCCAAUCCAUCUACGCUCACAUUCCUUCCUGGUGUCAUUACUGGCGUUAAUGGAGCAAAGCUGCAGAUAUGUUUUUGUGAUGGAAAAACGCGUCACAAUAUAGAACCUUAUCACUGCUUUGGCCUUUCUGAGAAGAAAUAUAACAUUGCUUUGCAAUUCUACCAGCAGUGCAAGCGGAAACAAGAUUUAGAUGAACACUAUAUAUCCUCAGACAAUGAAGAUUCAGUAUCAGAUAUCUCCUCUUUCACAGUAUCAUCAGUUGGGUCAAACAGAAAAUCUGUAAGAUGAAUGAUUACAAAUCAGCGAUUCACAGGAGGUUUCAUUUUUUUAUGGUUUAGGUUUCUAGUUCUCUUACAAUAUUUUACAUAUCAAACACUACAAAAUACAUAGCUUCCAGAAACAAGUCACAAAUGACUUGCUUAAAGUGACCCUGUGACUAUACAUUGAAAACCAAAAGAAAAAAAACCUGCUUAAAGAAGAGGUACUAUACUUACUUUUCCACCUGCAAUGCUGCUCCCUAGCCAUCACAGGUAUUCAACACUUCUUGUUGUUUUUAUACCUGCCACAUGCUGUGGUUCCUUCUACCACCUAGUACUACCACCUAGUACACCACUACAGGACAUACCAGCCAGCAGGAAAACCCACUAAAUGAAGUGUAGGAACCACUUAUUUGACCCAUUCAACCUGUCGAAUACUUGCUGUGGCUAGGGAGGAGCAUCCCAAAGGUAUUUGAAGACAUGGGCUGCCAAAAAGGUAAGUAUAAUGUCUCCUAUUUUUACUGCUAUCUUUUUUGAUGGUGUGAGAGUUUGGUGACAGGGAUACUUUAGGCAAUUAAGAUGUCACUUUAAAUUUUAUUUAGAUUUUAAAUAAAAUAAUUUUUACUCAGAAAGAUGAUCUUAUGAUAAGAAUAUUAAAAAAAAUGAUAUUUAAUUUUUAACAAUACGUAUGUGCUAGCAUCAAAAUGGGUUCAUAAUUCAUCAUUUGCAUGUGCAAGGCAGAAAUUGUACCUGCUAAUUAUCUCUUCUGUCCAUAUUGCUAAAGGACUUGCCUGCAGUUUCAAAACAUAAACAUGUAAAAUUAUAUAUAUAGAUAUCUAUA